AUGAUGGACACGGAUGGCCUCCCGUGCUACACGCACCCUUCCGAGCCGCUCAGACUUCUGAAGGUGGUCUUCCGCCACCUUCCCCUCAAGUUUGGCGCGGACUACCUCCAUUUGGUCCGCGGCGGGUUCCAGCCGCGCCUUCCGACUUCGCUGCCGCCCCCAGGGCGGCAGCAGCAGCAGCAGCCGUCGCCGCUACCACGCCGACAGCCCGUCCCGUUGAUGCCUCCCGCGCAGCUUCAUCCGGGAGCGCCCCCGGUGGUCGCUCCGGCGCCUGCGGUCCCUCUUCAGUCGCCACCGCCUUCGGAGCUGAUGGACGUCGACCCCUCAGCCGGGCCGCCUUCCCAAGCGGGAGUUGCUGUCAUGCCCUAUGUGGACGAUUCACCAAGUUGGUGA